GUUAAAUGGACUCUAUUUGCUUUCUCAGCGAGUAGAUUUGCCGUCGUAACAGUAAGACACCUCCCACACUCCUACUUCCUAAAUACGCCCAGAAGAGCACUCCCUCUCAGGUACUUGAAACCUGGAAACUGGAACUUCAAUCAAAGAGAUUGUAAUGCCAAUGCAUGAUGAAUGAGCAACAACACAUCUUCAAUAACGCAUCUCCAUCCAAACAUUGGAUUCCAGAUCCUCCAGACAUGGCAUGGGCAGAUGUUGUCGCUGCGAUUGACCCAAGGGCUCUCUCAUUUUCGAUGAAUUCACAAAUUUAUAAAUUCAAGCAGGGGCGAAAGGCAUACAAGGCCCCUGCUAGCCAACGUGAGUUCGACCUCAUGAUGGCAGCAGGGGACUGUGCUGUUAAGGUCCAUGGUAGAUCUCUCUGGAGGGAUAAGGAGGGAGAGAUAAGGAUGAGCGGCAUUAUCAUGGAUCUUGAGACUCCUUUUGACCCAAAAUCUGUGGAAGACCCUCAACGCAAGGGUUUGAUGGGCCAGAUUAUCUCAGUCUUACACAAAUUGCACCGCAAGGGAAUUAUUCACGGUGAUAUUAAACCGGCUAACUUUCUUCUUUGCACGGAUGGUUGGCUCCGCCUGUGUGAUUUCAGCGACGCGAUGAGGGUAGGUGAAGAGCCAAGCAGCUGGGGCGGAUUAACGACAACGAAUUACAUAUCUCCACGUCGAACGCGGAACUGGCCUGAUGGGACAGAUCCUCCUCCAACCAUUGAGGAUGAUCUCUAUGGCCUUGGCCUGAGUCUGUGGGAGCUCUACACAAGGAGGACACCCUUCGAGGGCUGGUACGAGGACGAACAUCAUGUCGACUCUUCACAGAGGGAAGACGGUUGAUGUGGAUGAAGUAGAACACGAGGAUGUGAAGUCUGUGAUUCGCCAUUAUCUGAGGUACGGCGGUGCAAAGAUAUAGUUUCGCCGGAGACAAGGAACUCUGUAAUAGGCGGUCGUACGUCGAUAGCUGCGGAGAUCCCAGACAGUAAAGAUCUAGCUAUCCUUCUGUUUGAGGCUGUAUGAAUUCUGCUGCUCUUCUCUGUUGGCUGGUGGUGAAAAAUCUUCAGCGCAAGUGGUGACCCAGCUAGCUCAACCAGCACGCUACCAAUUUUCAUCCACUCUUUUGGGCAGA